AUGUAUCUCCUCAUUCUGGUCCUUGGAAUUGUGCUUCUCCCUGAAGAUGGUUCAGAAUAUUAUGAGUCCACUAGAAGAUCAUGUGUUUUGCCUGAGGAGUGUGGAGAGCAUUCACUCAACGUUGGAUUCUACAGAGACGUAAUUGCCAGUAAAUGUUGUAACACCGACCUCUGCAACACCCAACCUCCCCCAGAGAUCACCCCACCUGUUCCAAGUGGCAUAAAGUGCACCACUUGUGAUGAACAAGGGUGCAACGCAGCUGUAAACUGCCUGGGGAAUGAGGACCGCUGCAUCUCAGCAACAGUGUUUACGCCUGGCUAUAUGACGACUAUGAAGGCCUGCGCCUCCAAGGCACAGUGCCUCUACAUACAAACUGCAUUGAUGACUGAAACCACUGCUGCAGAAGUGAACUGCUGUCAGGGCGACUACUGCAACAGUGCCAGCAGUACAAGUGCUGGCCUCAUGCUGCUGGUGGCACCACUGAUCUCUUUGGUUCUGAGCUGAUGGAGAAAGAAGAAUCACUGCCCAGAUUUGCUUCACAUCACAGGAAGGAAUAAAAAUAUUAUCUGCUUCUAACUUGCUUUUUUAAAAUUUUCUUCAUGUCUUGUCUCCAAAUACAAUAGCGACUGCUUUGCAUAUGAUUAUGAUUAAAAGAAUAAAACAACUUAAACAAUUAUAUUCACUUACAGUUUUUGUUCUGGGUUCCAGUGUCAAACACAAUAAAAUAUAAUCUAAAAACACUGAGUUUUCUG